AGCAGCUGGCUAAGUUCUUCCAUUAAAUUAUUUUUUCAAAAAGAAUGAUUUCUCUGAGCAUGAGCUUAGACAGAUUUCUUUUUUUUUUUUUAAAUUGUGAUACUUUCCAUUGCCCGCCGCUUAGCGAAGCGUUGUUUACACGGGAGUUAAUUUGGCCGGCCGUUAUUGAGAGGGCUCACACUGGCACCGCUACAGGCACAAGUGUUGUGUCCCACCUCCAAGCUGGUAAAUACACUGCAAAAAAAAGAUAGUUGACUCAUAUUCAGGCUUUAAAUUGUGAUAUUUCUUCAAACAAGCGAAAAGUUUCUGCUUAUUAGGGUGAUUUCGCUUGUUUCCUGCACAGAAUGUCUCCUCUUAUUCGUUUCUGGUGAUCUUCUAAACGUGGAAGAUGAAAUUAUUUUACUUGUCUGAAGGUAUCGCGUUGUUUCUGCACUUUAAUUGAAGCCUUGAAACACCUAAAAUAGUCAAACCUGACAUUUUCUAUCCAUUGGCUGCUUGUUAGGGGCUCAAACUAAAAUGCCACCUGUUACUAAAAUGAAAGCCCCCUUUUGUAAUUUUCUGGCGGCAUCUGGUGGUAACGUUGCAAACCGCAACCAACCGAGCGACCGACAGGGGACACUUUAUCAUGUUGUACAGCUGAUUCCAUUUCUGGUUUCCGGCAGCGUCUGAAAAUUCAAAGUGAACACAACAUAUUCUGGACCGUUUAGUUCAACAACCGUAUUCAACACGACGUACAAACAUGGUGUCUCACACGGAGGACGGGUCCACCUCAUGGAACUAUAUUUAACUCAUAUAUGAACGCAUAGUUAUGGACAACAUAUUCAAUUUCUGUGAAUAAGUUCUUCUAAAUACUACACACUGUAGCUUUAAAUAAUAAAGGUUGGAUAUUUCAGAUGCAGGUUUUAUGGCUUUAUUUGAACGACGAACCUUUUGAAUAGACUCGACCUUGACGGAGCUCACAGUGACCGCAGCGCUCAGAGGAGACGGAUAUUGUCCAGAAGAAACAAAAAAAUUCAGAAAGUGGAAAUAUUGAAAUUACAAGUCUCUCAAACGUUUAUUCUGAAAAGUAAAUGUAGUAUUUGGGGUCUGGUGGAAGAUGCAGGGACUCCCAGGAGAACACUCCAGAAAAAAAAAAUUCACCAGUCAUUCCCACUGUGACACUGAUUCAAAGAAAGAACCGACAGGGGGCGUCUCCUCUCCCGGCACACACCACCACCACCACCCCCUCUUGCCCUCAGCCACCCGCCCUUCAUUACGAUGGAAGAAGGAGGUAUGGGGGGGGUCUCCUCCUAGACAACAAACCCACAUUCAAAGAGAGGCACACGAAUUACAUCACGGUCCGUGCCGAGGAUAUAACGCUGGUCGCGGGUUCCACUCUGCGCCUUUUUUUCUGCGACCUGGAGGCAGCAGGAGGCAUCAUGCUGCCGAGGCCGCGCGCACGGAGCCCGAGGAGACAUCUGAGCGUUGCCACGCAGAGGUUCCCCUGAUGCUGCCGCUGCUUCUCGUUCCUGCCGCGGGGUUUUAUUCAUCAUGGCAAUUGGCGGAUUUUAAGAGAGACGCUCGAGGUUUUGGAUACGGCUCGCGCGUAAUUGCGCACAAGAGCGUUUAGCGGCUGCUCCCCGUGCGUGCACCGAACCCACCCCCCCGGUCCGACAUGGAUCAAUCUCAGCAGUGCGUCGCCAUGUAUCUACUGCUGCUGUCUCUCGGACUCCUGAUGGACAGCGGGAUCUGUCAGCACUACUACCUCCUCCGCCCCAUCCCGAGCGACAGCCUGCCGCUCGUUGAGCUCAGGGAGGACCCGGAUCCCGUGUUCGACCCCAAGGAGCGGGACCUCAACGAGACCGAGCUGAAGAGCGUGCUGGGGGACUUUGACAGCCACUUUUUGUCCGUGUCGCCGCCGCCGCCGCCGCCGCCCGCGGAGGACAAGUACACCGGCAACGACGAGCUCGACGACUUCGAGGUGCAGAAGCCCGGAGGCGGCGGAGCGCUGCCCAAGGAGAUCCGCGCGGUGGACUUCGACGUGCAGCUCGGCAAGAAGCACAAGCCCAGCAAGAAGCUGAAGCGGCGGCUGCAGCAGUGGCUGUGGGCGUACUCGUUCUGUCCGGUCGCGUACACCUGGACCGACCUGGGCAACCGCUUCUGGCCGCGGUUCGUGCGCGUCGGCGGCUGCCUCAGCAAACGCUCGUGCUCGGUGCCGGAGGGCAUGGUGUGCAAACCGGCGAACUCGACCCACCUGACGAUACUGAGGUGGAGGUGCGUGCAGAGGAAAGGGGGCCUCAAGUGCGCCUGGAUACCGGUGCAGUACCCGAUCAUAACAGACUGCAAGUGCUCCUGUUCCAGUUAGAAGAGUCUGCAGCAAAAGAAAAACAAAAAAGAAAUAAAUUAUAAGCUCAACGUUAAUUUUUUUUUUUUUGGGGUGAUUCUUCUCUCACAUGCACUACCGAGUGUAGGAAUGUAUUUUCUGUAUAUGCGGUGCCACGCAGCUAUGUAUAACUCCCUGUACAAAGUCAGUAUUAAUUUGUAACCAUGCAGAGUCUACUUUUAUUUGUGGAGAAUAUUUGGUUAUAUAUAUAUAUAUAUAUAUAUAUUGUAUUUAUGGAGAUGUGGCGCGCGCGCGAGAGAGGCCACGUAACGGACUUGUGGCUUUGUUUUCCCAUAUUUGGAUGAAGCGGAUCAACCUCAAGAGUUAUAAACGUGACGUUGGAUCAUCGGUACAGCAGCUGCGUGUCGGUGACUUUAUUGUUUCAUCCUGUAAAUUAAGGAAAUUUGCUAUUUAUUCUUUAUAUUCGUACAAUAAAACGAUACUGAAAUCA